UCUAUGUAUCGAAUAAAGAGAUGGUCACAUCUUCUCACAGUUUGUCGUUUGUGAUUUACUCCUCGGAGCCUCCGUGUGGACAGUUCCAGAAGGACUCGCCCUGUCUUAUAGGUGGAAGCACUGCUUUGUGACUCUGCCCUUUUCCAGGUGCCUCAAGAUGUUCCACUUGCAGAGUCUACAGCAGCUGCAGAUGCUGGAGAAGUCCUUGAGGAAGCACAUCCCCAAGUCCUUAAAGGUGUAUGGUACCGUCUUCCACAUGAACCAAGGAAAUCCAUUCAAGCUGAAGGCCCUAGUGGAUGAGUGGCCUGAUUUUAGCACAGUGGUUAUUCGUCCUCAGGAGCAGGAAAUGACAGAUGACUUUGACCAUUACACUAAUACUUACCUAAUCUUCAGCAAGGAUCUGAAGAAAUGCCAGGAAUUCCUUGGCAUAGCAGAAGUCAUUAACUGGAAACAACAUUUGCAGAUUCAAAGCUCCCAGUCCAGUCUGGGUAAGGUCAUAGAAAAUCUUGUGGCCAAUAAUUUGGGUAAAGUCAAGCACACACAGUGCAUUCUCAGCAUGGGAUUUGACACAAUAAAGAAACUGGCUCCUUCACUGGUGGAUGCAAAAAACUUUCCAAUCAACAGUGUCAAACCAAAGUCAAUCAAUCCCGAGGUGUUUAAGCUGUCUUCACUGGAUGUCGCCCAUGCUACCUUGGUGAAUAAAAUGUGGAGUUUCGGUGGCAAUGACAGGAGCCAGAGAUUCAUUGAGCGCUGUAUUCGGACCUUUCCCACCUUCUGUCUGCUAGGGCCUGAGGGGAGCCCAGUGGCCUGGGCCCUAAUGGACCACACUGGAGAAAUGCGAAUGGGAGGCACUGUACCCCAGUAUAGACACCAGGGUCUCAUAUCUUAUGUCGCCUAUUCUCAGAUACAGGCUCUGGGGAAAUUGGGCUACCCCAUGUAUUCCCAUGUGGAUAAAGCCAACUACAUUAUGCAGAAGGUGUCCAGCAAUAUGGGUAACGUCCCCAUGCCCUGUCACUGGAACCAGUGGAAUUGUGUGCCUUUGUAAAGCCUGUCCCAAGCCUCGGCCGCGGUGGGGGGUGGAGGGAGGCGGUUGUGCAUGUGUCUGGAGAGAUGAGUGGAACAUUAUCAGAAAAGAACACGUUGUCAUGAAGUGGAUCCUGAGCCCUAGGAAGCAAGGAUGUAAGAGAACAACAGAAAACUGGGACCCUGCCCUCAAAGAGCUCAUAUAG